AUGCACCUUUACCAUGAAGGAUGGAGGAAGAUCGACUUUAAGGAGCACCUUCAGAAACUUAGCGGAGUUCCAGUUCUUUUCAUUCCUGGCAAUGCCAGUAGCUACAAGCAGGUCAGGUCUGUGGCAGCAGAAUCUGAUAGAGCAUAUCAAGGUGGCCCAUUUGAGCGCACGUUUUACCAAGAAGCUUCUGUAUUCCCUGGAGGAGCUGCAGAUACAGAAACAGACUAUGAUUUCCCUAGUCGGUACAGUAACAGACUGGAUUGGUUUGCUGUGGAUCUUGAAGGUGAACAUUCUGCAAUGGAUGGUUGCAUACUUGAGGAGCACACUGAAUAUGUCGUAUAUGCCAUUCAUAGGUAUAAGGAAUCUCAUGAUACGAGAGAAAGAGAAGGUGCUGCCCGCCUCCACUGCUGCAGUCCAUCCUCGUUUGCGGAAGUUAGCUGUGCAAACUAUUCUAACACUCUCAAGUCCACACCAAUCACCUCCUCUGGCAUUGCAGCCAUCCUUGGGGCAUUAAUUUGCUCAUGUGAACCGAGAAUGGAAAAAAGGGUGCGAUCAAAGUUAGAGUCACUUGAUGGCAUUGUCCCUUCAAGUCACGGCUUUAUCAUAAGUAGUACAAGUAUGAAAAACGUGUGGCUGUCGAUGGAACAUCAAGCUAUACUGUGGUGUAACCAAUUGGUUGUUCAAGUUUCACAUACGCUUCUUAGUUUGGUUGACUCGAAAACUGCUCAGCCAUUUUCUGAUACUCAAAAGAGACUUCAGAUUUUGACCAGAAUGCUUCAGAGUGCAUUAGCACAAAGUUUCAAUGGAAUGACGCCUAUGAAAGUCUCUCAUGAGGUGCCCAUGUUGGUCUCAAAGGUACAUGUUAUUCUUUUGCAUGCCCGUAACACUGUGCUGUCCAUCUUUACAGGCUCUGAAUACAAAUUUCUACCUGUGCCUCGGAUUGGAGGGAUGAUGCUCUCGAUCGGGAUCUGUACAUACAGACCAGGGUCUAAUGGAAAGAAACACUUUAUCUUUGUUACAAAUCUGGCGCCUUGUUCUGGAGUAAGACUCCAUCUAUGGCCUGAGAAGGAGAAAUCAAAUUCAGAUUUACCUGUUUGUGAAAGGGUUCUGGAAGUUACGUCAAAGAUGGUUCUCAUUCCGGCAGACCCCGCACCAAAACAGAUUCUUGACUAUCUCAGUGGCCCCUCGCGAAGUACUUUGUCCCCUCGAUACCUUUGCGUUCUUUCGCAUUUCAGCAGUUUUCAGAUGACUAAAAGCGUGACUGAAAUGAGACCUUCUCUUGCGCAAGCAGUUUCUGGUAAACCUCCUGUGGCGGUUUCUAUGGCAGUAGGGCAGUUCUUUAAUCCGGAAGAAGGGACCAUGGAGGUCUCAUCUCAAUCAAUUCUCUUAUCCACAUACUCCGCAAAGGAGAUUUUUUUGAAGGAGGACCAUCCUCUAGCUUACAAUCUAUCUUUUGCUGUCAGCUUAGGUCUAGUGCCCAUAACGCUUUCCCUGAAAACUGCUGGAUGUGGAAUUAAAACUUUUGGUCUACCAGAUGGCGAGACAGGAGACUUGGACAAGGAUAAGCUUUGCAAAUUGCGUUGUUUCCCACCUGUUGCUCUUGCCUGGGAUUCUUCUUCUGGACUUCAUAUAGUUGGCUUCUCAUUUGCCGUUAUACUGUUUGCUCUUAUGCGGCAAGCUUAUCAAUGGGACCAGAAACUAUCUGUGCCUCCAUUGCUCUCCGCUAUGGAGUACAACUUAGAAAUGCCAUCUCCAUUUCUGCUUCUAGCUGCUAUCCCUCUUCUAUGUUCCUUGUUCUUCUCUUUCCUAAUGGCUCAGCCAAUCCCUCCCCUCGCAAGCUUCACAGUGGUCUCAUUGAUCUGGUAUUUGUUGGCAAAUGCCUUCAUCACUGUGUUAAUCAUUGUCUCCAAAUUGGCCUUCCAAUUGUCGGCCCUCGUCCACACCACUGUGAGAUCAAGGUGCCAAGCUUUGGAAAGAAAUUAUUCUCAUGCUUUCCUACAUUGGUUCUCCAUGCUUGCGUCCAGUUUCGUCUGUCUAAAGGCAAUCCGAAUUCUGAAGCUCAACACAACAAGUGUUAUGACACUAGCCGCGGUUACCUUGGUGUCCUUUGUUCAUCCGGCUUUGGGUCUUUUCGUACUCCUCGCGUCUCAUGCCCUUUGUUGCCAUAACUCCAUGUGCUGGAAUCAGUCGAUCAGAAAAAAACAGGUCGAGCGUAAAACUCGACAUCCCUUAAGCAAACAAGAACCCUUAUCAGGAGACUUGUCUGAAAAGUCAUUUGUUGAGACACAAGCAGACAUCUUCAACCAUAGGCACGGUUUACUAAUAUUGCAUCUCCUUGCAUCACUGAUGUUUGUACCAUCUCUUGCCGCGUGGUUCCAGCGGAUUGGAACGGGACAAAUCUUCCCUUGGUUUGCUGACUCGGCUCUCUACGUUGGCGUAAUCUUCCACGGAAUAUUGAACUCAAGACCCGAGUCAAGCAUCUUACGCUCUUUCCCGUCUCUCUCGGGACACCAACUCCGUCCCCAUCACAUCUAUCUCCUCGCCGGCUACUACUGCUUCUUCUUGGGACUAGACUUGGCUCCAUACAAAGUGUUCUAUGCCAUAGCUGCUUUAGGCUACAUCUCUUUGACUCUUAAGAUCUCACAGUUGAACAACAACGACCUUCGUUUCCGUACCAAAAGCAGAAUACACAGAAACUGA